AUGUCAUCAAUAGAUGAUGAAGAAGAUCUUAGUAAUGAUAAUGACAAUAAUGAAUGGUCAAUAGAAGUAAAAAUAUUUUACAUAAUAGAAAAUUUCAGAAGGAACCAGUUGGAAACCAUCGACAAAAUGUUUAAUGGAAAAGAUGUUUUUAUGCUAAUGCCAACUGAUGGGGGAAAGCUUACGUUACCAGUUGUCUGCAAUGAAGCUAAUAAAAAAAAGGAAGCUUUUACCAAGUUGCAAGAUAUUUUACUUAACUCCUGA